AUGGUGUGGAGAACCUGGUUGAUGAUGCUGUGGAUGACACAGAGGCUGAGGCAGGUAGUCAGUGGAGGGUAUAUCGUAUGCUUACCGUAUUUUUUUGAUAUAUAUUUUUUCGUGCCACCGCCGAACCUCGGCCCGGUGCACCAUUCCGCAUCGGGCGUUCGGGGUGCCGAGUACACUGAUUUAGUGGCUCGGUUGGAUAGGAUCGAGGGUGACACUCAGGGUCUGUAUGCUGCUCAUGUCGAGCUGAAGAAGGCAUACGAGACCAGCCAUGUAGAGCUGAAGGGUGGUCAGAACGUAAUUAUGGAGCAGCUCAGACACAUAUUGGCUAUGUUGAAUCGUCCGCCAACGAUAGCUUCAGCACCGGAGGCCCCAGCAGAUCCAUCUACCCCACCACCAGCUUCUUCACCCCCAGUAGAAGAGGAUGAGGUCUUCCCCGACGAUUACGAUCCUUAUGAGGGAGCUCCAGCGACUCCGAUCGAGGCACAACCUCUUAUCCAUGUACAUGACACCGAGUCGCAGGGUGAGAUUCUGUCCAUAGAGGCACAACCUGCAGUGGUUAAGAGUCGGAAGAGGAAGAGAAAGCCUCCUGUAUGGUUCGGUGACUAUACGGAGAUGAAGAGGAGACAUAGGCCCUCUUCGACUUUUGAUCCCCUGGAGCCACCGGAUGAGAAAUUGUUAACCACUUUCCGAAAGUGGUGUGUUGGACUCAUUCCGAACCACCGACUUCGGGAUUUGAGAAGUGGUGAUUACGGUCCAGGAUUCUUUUGGAUAAUGCUCACACCAAAGGAAUGGCUUACAGAUGACCAUAUAGAUGCAGCAAUGCAUAUGCUGAGGAGGCGACGCACCGACUAUCCACUGACAUUUCCUCAGAAGGAUAUCAUUCUGUCCACAUUCGAAAAACUUUAA